AUGCACACCUUGUUCGGAGAGCAGAACGCUUAUUACCGGCAUGCCACGGGGGUUCCCGUGGGCAUGGGCACCCCGACCUAUUCGGGCGUCGGCGGUGCUCCGGGAUACUAUGAGCAGUACCGAUACGGCACAUACGCGACCGCGGCCGGGUACCCGGUGACCGGCAUCGCCCAGCAGCACAUCCACCAUCCUGGGAAGGACAUGGUGAAGCCGCCCUACUCCUACAUCGCCCUGAUCGCCAUGGCCAUCCAGAACGCGCCCGACAAGAAGAUCACCCUGAACGGCAUUUACCAGUUCAUCAUGGAGAGGUUCCCCUACUACCGGGAGAACAAGCAGGGCUGGCAGAACUCGAUAAGGCACAACUUGAGCCUCAACGAGUGCUUCGUGAAGGUGCCUCGGGACGACAAGAAACCCGGGAAGGGCAGCUACUGGUCCCUGGACCCGGACAGCUACAACAUGUUCGACAACGGCAGCUAUCUGCGACGCCGCAGGCGGUUCAAGAAGAAGGACGCCCUUAAGGAGAAGGAGGAGGCCCUGAAGCGACAAGGCCUAGCCCCGGAGAAGCGCCAGGAAGACGCCAACAAGGCCGCGGCGAGCCUUCAGUCGGACGGGGUCGCCAAGAAGAUGGCCGGGCUGGAGUGCAAGCCCAAGAGGGAGCCCUCCGGUGACCCCAACACCGGCCAUUGCAUGGCGGCCGUUGGGAAGUACUCUCACGGGACCAUCCAGGAUGGGAAGACCAGCGUCAUCCAGAGCGCCCUGGCUCACCCGGUGCACCAGGCGCACCAGGUUCAUCAGGACGUGGGAAUGGACGUGGGCAUGGGCCUGGACCCCGCGACCUUCAGCGUGGACUCGCUGAUGACUUCCAGGGAGAACGGAGCCUUGAUGCCCGCCAGGGAUCCACACUCCCAUCCGCACGCUCACGCUCUGCAGCAUCCCCACCCGCACUCGCACACGCACACGCACUCCUUGAUGACAGGGACCAGGGACGCGAUGACGGUCGGCACCAGGGACCUGUCCUCCGCGACCACCACGACCACCACUGCCGCGGCGGCCAUGAUGGCCUCCGGCUACGGACACGUGACACCCUCCAGGGGGAACCCUUCGCCUCCUGGCACCAUGUACACGCCCUACUGCCCAUCGGCUGCUGCCGCGGGCUACAUCAUGGACCACGCCGAGUACAACGUCGCCUCGACCGCCAGGAACCAUAACGCGGGGCAUUCGCAGUGGUACCAGGAGGCCGCCAGCCCCGACCCGGCGGCCAUCUACCAGGACACCCAGAGCCCGAGCUGUCAGCUUUACAGAUCCAGCCCGCCUACUCCCCUUUCUUCUGGCGCCGCUCCCUCGCCGCCCUUGUACCACAGGUACUACCAAGACUGCAACGCCGUCAACACGAGCGGCAACCUGCCCAUCACGCUGCACAAGUACUGAGGAUGUCGCUCCUCAAGGUCUCAGGAAGACCUUGAAGCCGAGGCGCACAUCGGGUACGGCCCGAACCUGGUCUACGUGAAGCAGGAGUGGAGCUGCUCGGAGGAGGACUUCGGCAAGGAGUGGAAUUAGGUAGACGGAUGGACCCCCGUCCGUGCGUUCUCCGGGACCGAGACCCUCCUCGAGGUGGCCAGGUCGACCGACAGCAAUAUAAGACAACAAGUAGCGUUGAUAGUUUCGUUUCUAGAGCUUGCAGUUUAGGCCUCUGCUGGGAGAGUGCUUCCGCCCUCGUUUUGGGUAUCGUUGAUCGAGUAGCCUCCUCUUUGUUCGAUGAGAACGACUCGAUAUCGGCGGUUUAAACUCGCCGGGGGCACUCGGGCGGAACUCGGACGGCACAACUGUGCAAAUUUCUUGCAACGACGGAACACGGAGUGACGUGCAUGGUCGGGGUUCAACCGGGGAUGACGCAAAUUCGAGCCCUCGCGGUUGAGUGGACCGUCAUCUCGACGAUGUCGGAUCAUUUGACACGCGACUCGGGUGGAAUUCCGCCGAUCGAUCUAAACGUUGAUCGAACGUCACUUGGGAUGGAAUUUCCUCGUUGAUUCCGUCGUUGGCUCGGUCCACUCUUUCUCUCCGUGGAGGCGAAGGAUGGUGCUGAUUUAUCUUGGAUAGUAUCGACGUCGAGGAACGAGGCUGAACGCGUAGAUAUGAGGUUUUCGCCGAUGGCACCGCGUCUAGCAAGACUUCGCAUUUAACUGUAUCGUCAUUCCCCUUAUGGAGGAGAGCGGAGUCGAACCUCGACAGGGAUGGGCGGUAAUGCCGAAGUAAAUAUCUACCUCGGUAGAUAUUUUCCCCGGGCAAUCGUUAGUACCGAUUCAUUAUCCGGAGGCGCCUUAGAAGGUUGGCUUAAUUCGUCGCGUCGAUUAUUUAUUGCUCAUCCCUGGCUUGAGGUUUGCCUAGGGACGCGCCUUUGGACGAAUCAUCCCUUUCGGGUGUUCAUUGCCAGACUUAGGUGCGUACUCGCAUCUCGGGACGCGGAUGAGGUAUAUUUAUUGAUAGGAUAUAAUGUGAAUACGUUAGGUGGAUAGAUAAUCGCACCUGUACCGGGUAGAUCUACGUGUAUAUUGUCAGGAGUUAGAAAUAUAGAUGAGGUAUAUAGUCUAUAUGUAUGUAUAUAUAUAUACACCGGCGCGUAUCGCGUAUAUAUAUAUAUGUCUAGAUCUCAUGGGAAUCGCCUUGGAUUCCGACUGCCGACUCCACCCA